AUGGAUUUGGAAACAGCACGUGCAAAUUAUCCAAACAGACUAGAGAGGUUAGAAGAAGAACGUCUUAUGGACAUGCCUUUCGAUGUUAGUGAACCUCAAGUUGAAGGACACGACGGCUUUGCCAGAUUCUACUGGAAACAUGACGAACAAUUGCAUCCUUUGAGAAGGAAAAAAGGGAAGGGUGAAGACAAACAUGCUCCCAUGGAAAGAACAAGAUAUGCAUAUGAGAAGUAUCGUGAAGUUAGAAGUCAAAUUACAUCUGGUCGAACCUUUACAGUAAACUUUGACGAAGGAAAGAACAAAGAAGGCUUCAUGGGUGUACUUGCUGCAAUUCAAGACGGAAAUAAGAAAGGAUACAAUCUCAGACUAACCGUAACAGAUUUAGAUGGUCAUAUUUACUAUGCACAUGGCAAUGUCACAACAGCCGCACAACUUCUUGACGCUUUCAAGACUACAAAGAGAGAACAAAUGGUUGACUCCGACUCAGACAUCCUGAAUGCAAUUGAAGGAAUUGUAAGUGUAAAGUUCGAAUGGUAUCAACCUAACCCUCAAGCAGUCAGACAACAUGCUGGAUACUUCCCGUUCAUAAAUAAGUCUGACAUUGACUUGACAAG